UUGUAGUACUGAAAAAUGCCCUAAUACAUCUUCACAUAAGAAUACCGAGAGUAACAAGAACAAUAUCUAAGUAAAUUAUAUCGCUCUACUUGGGGGGAUCGGCCAAUGAGAAACUAAAAUCAGUAGCAGCAACAAUUAAAUAAGAGCGGUAGCAUUCGAUUUUUAAAUAUCAAGCUGGUUGGUAGCAAAUAAAAUGGAAGACAUAGAAAAUUCUUCCUUAAAUUCGCAAGAAAAUCAAAAUUAUGAUAAUGCGAGCCUCCCAAAAACGAUUACCGAUAUAAAUCAAGGAAUAUCUGCUGCCGCAACACUCAGCAAUUUUAAUGAAAAUGCUGAUAUAACGAACGAGAACGAACAUUUUAAUUGCAAUAUGGAUCAAUCUAGACAUUAUCAUAUUCCUUACAUACUAAACGGGGAAUUGUACCAGAUACAAACACAAGAAGGUGAGAAUGUGACAGUGAAAUGUUGCAAUUGCCCACCGGACCGUGUUUAUCGUGGUAGUGUUAGAUCUACCGGAAAUUUUCAUAUGCAUAUUAAGCGUCGACAUCCAGAUUUGCUGGGCAAAUUGCAUAAUAUGAAGGUGAAUGCUCUGUUGGAGCGACGUGAUCGUUUAAUGCGAAAUAAAAAAUUUAGUAAUCAUCGUUCUCAUCGCAAUCUAGCCACAUCUACUCCCGUCAGAGUUUUUAAAACUGAACCUAUUUCGCAAAACCAAACAGACAUUCAAUUUAUGCCAGAAGUUAAUCGUAUAAAUUCCUCACCCGAAUUGAGUUUAAUGCAUACACAUAAAUUAAAAAUUAAGACCGUUUUCCGGCGUCAUCAGCUUGAAUCGAAUGAAAUGCGCCAGGAGGCAUCAAAUAAUGAAAGCUGCGAAGAGGUACCAUUGGAUUACAGCUUUAAAACAGGAAAUCAAAAUGUCACCUCAGAGGAGCAACAGCAAAAGCCUACGCAACUGUUAUCUACAAGCGCGCAAAAUAUCACGGAGUUGUCAACGAUGCAGCAAUCUAUUAACGGCGAUAAUACUCUUUCAUAUCAAAACGCAAAUGAGGCAACAAUAUCUCCUGCAAUCAGCUUGCGUAAUAGCUACGGUUACAACUUUGCUGACGAUGCUGGCACUGUCAAUGAACGCAACUAUCACAAUUUAUCGAACGUAAAACCUGAAAAUUUUUCAACAACCGAAGAAGCAAUUAAUGUUGCUAACCUCACACAAACCACUUCUACAGAGAGUUUUAAUUCGAUGCAAGGAGAUGCAAGGAACUCCGGCCCUGACACUGGCAACCGAGAUAGCAAUUAUUGGUCCGAUGUCAUAUUACGAAUUGAAAAAUAUUUGGAGCUAAUACAAAGCGAAUUGAAUGUUCGCAAUCAAAUCGAAACGGAUCGUAUGUAUUUGGAAAUUGCAAAAUUUAAAUAUCUGCAUCCAAACUUCCAUUACAAUUGGUAAAAAUUUAAGCGGAUAUACAAGUUCUUUUUUCGAUUGAGUGAGUUAUACGAUUUAUUAUGAAAGAUAUAUGUUUAAGUAAUAACGUGAAAAUGUACUUUUGCGAGCUUAAAGAUGAAUAUGAAUAAUUCGAAUGAUUUGCUGUAAAUAUCAUUCAACAUAGAAUCCUAAGAUCAUGAUUUAAUAGAACAAGAUUCAUAAAUAUACGAGAAUCAUUUGUAUCAAGCUAGUUAAGCCUUACAAUUAUUAGUAUUAAACGACAACUAAGUGAAAUACAGUUUUUUUUCUUUUCUCAAAUCA